GAAAAGAGGUUUGAGCUUUGAGGAGAAGAGAGCUCGUAUGAUGGAGAUCUUUUUUGAAACAUGUCUUUUUUGUUUUGCACAGAAAGAUGUGUUCCAGUUGAAGGAUAUAGAGAAGAUUGCUCCAAAAGAAAAAGGGAUUACCUCAAUGUCAGUGAAAGAGAUUCUCCAAAGCUUAGUUGAUGACGGCAUGGUGGACACUGAUAGAAUUGGAACUUCCAAUUAUUUCUGGGCUUUUCCAAGUAAAGCUCUUCAUGCCAGGAAACGUAAAUUGGAAGAAUUGGAGUCUCAGUUUGCUGAAAGCAAUCAGAAGAAAGAGGCUUUACAAAAAAGCAUUGACAAAUCAAAAAUUGGACGCGAAGAUACUGCAGAACGUGCAGCUCUAAUAGAGGAACUGGCUACCCUUCGGCAGAAAAAGGAACAGCUAAAGGCAGAAAUAGACAAAUACAGAGAAUGUGAUCCAGACGUCAUUGAAGAAAUGCGCCAAACAAACAAAAUAGCCAAGGAGGCAGCCAACAGAUGGACUGAUAACAUCUUUUCAAUAAAGUCCUGGGCCAAACGUAAAUUUGGAUUUGAAGAGAGCAGAAUUGACAAAAGUUUUGGAAUCCCAGAAGAUUUGGAUUAUAUUGAUUAGCAUCCAGCAGUUGAUGGCUGAACGUAGUUGUACAUAGUUUGUUAAAUAUUUUCAGUUGGCAUUUAAAUGUGUAUCUGAAUGCUCUCCAAACAACUGACCACCCUUUAAUUUGCAGUUGUUGUUAAAGUUAAUAAAAUUCUAAAAAU